AUGCAAGAAACCACAAAAGAAAACCCCAAGCAGUUCCUCAAAGCACGUAUAGGUAAAAGAAUACGCAUAUCGCUGAAAUGGAACGUGGAUUACGAAGGAAUAUUGGACGGCUUCGAUGAUAAUUUUAACAUCGAGGUAUCGAGUGUAAGCGAAUUUGUUGACAGUAAAAUGGUAGGCAAAUUGAAGAGAAUGGUUAUCAGGUGCAAUAAUAUAAGAAGUAUGGAGGAUGUGUGUGGUCAGGAGUAG